UUAUUAGAUACUUAUUUAACUAGAGAAGGUGACUUGUUAACGUGUUUCUUUUAAAGUGAUUUAAUAUCAUGAUAGCUAAGGUAAUAGUUGCUAUUCUCCUUGCCAUCUUGACGAUAAUACAAAGCAGUAAUGGUUUUGGCAUAGGCAUUGGUACAGGCUUCUAUCGUGGUGGAGCUGUAGGAUUUGGGUUUGGUGGAGGUUACGGAUAUGGCGGUUAUGGAGGUUAUGGUUACCCUUUUGGAGGAUUUCCUCGUAGAUUUAUAGGUUUCGGAAGGCCAGGCUUUCAUCUCUACCGUCCUCUAUUACUACCACCCCCUCCUCCACCACCACCACCACCUUUCUAUCCUUAUUACUGAAGAAUGUGUAUUUUUCGGACGUUAACCAUAACUAAUGAUACACUUUAUCUGCAUUGUUUCUAUUAUAUACUAUUUUAUUAUAGUAUAAAAAGUAUCGUCUUUUGUAACAGUUAUAAUAUAAUAAUAUAU